AUGUUACUUGCCUUUUCAGAUUAUCUCCGGAAAAUUAUAGUGCAGGGUCGAUCCUCCAAGUCAACCAAAGUUGGAGAUAUCAUGACCGAAGAGAACAAGCUGAUCACGGUGAAACCUGAAACCAGAGUCCUGAAAGCAAUGCAGCUGAUGACAGAAAAGCGUAUCAGGCACAUCCCGGUGAUCAGCGGCACGGAGAUGAUGGGGAUGGUCUCCAUCGGCGACGUGGUUCGCGCGGUGGUCAGCGAGCACAAGGAGGAGCUGAACCGGCUCAACGCCUACAUCCAGGGUGGGUACUAG